UAUCUUAUUUUUACCUUCAUUUUGUAUUUUUUUCUUUUCUAUUUUACGUUUUAUCCCAUACUACUACUUUUGUGAUAAUUCUUUUAUUUCUUAUGUACAGCGCCUUUGAACGUGCUCUGCAUGAAAAGGGCGCUUUAUAAAUCUGGUUAUUAUUAUUUUUAUUAUUAUUAUUAUUAUAAAUCUAACCAAUCGACAAUCUAUUAUUAUUGUUAUACUAUUGUCAAUGUGAUAAUUUAGAUAAGAGCUGUCAAUGUGAUAUAUUUCGGAUUUACUGUUAUAUAAUUAUGAUGUUUAUUAAACAGAUAUUAAUGAUAAAUGUAAGUUGUUACAAUGUAUAAUUUGUUUAGGCAAUGUUAACUGUCAUUUUCUUGAACUCACAGUAAAUGAUAAAUCGAUAAAUACUGUAACGUCUAAAAAAAGUAUUCGUUGCAUCAGUCAAUUCGUAAAACUUAUGUAGGUAUACAACAAAACCAUUCAUGAAUUAUUACCUUUUCUUCUAAUAAAAAUUGACAGGGGUCACAGGGCUAUUAUUGAUGACGGUGGUAGUGGUUGUAAUUUUGGUGGUUUUAGUGAUGGUGUUGUUAGAAGUGAUAGUGGUUUUGUUACCGAUAAUGGUGGUGGUGUGGAUGAUGAUAUUGGUGGUGGUUUUGUUGGAGUGAUGAUGAUGAUAUUUCAAAUUAAACGAAAAAUAUAAUAAAAAGGUAAUUGUACAUUUUACUGUACACAGCUUGAAAAGUCAAAUAUCGGCCCGUCCAAUAUGACUUUUUAAGCUGUGUACUCGUCCAAAUAUAUUCCCGUAUUGUACAGUAAAAUGUAUAAUUACCUAAAGAAAUAUUUUAUAUAUUGCCCCUUCUUGAUACAGUUGCAUAGUAAUGAGUCAUACAUAUGUUUCUGUGUUUACUAUCAGGAAAAUGAUAAACAUGUAUUAUCAAAUUUAUCAGACAUUUUUAAAGGAAAUAAUAGAUUAACUUUCCUUAACUCUUCAUUAAUAAUUUUCUUCAAGACAACAAAAGUCGUCAGUAGACACAAGUAACACAAUAAUGAUUGCUAAAAGGAACACAGAAGGGUUCUUCCAUUUAAACGAGCAGUAGCAAAAACAUGUCUAUAGUGCAGUCUUGACCAUCUAAUAUUUCUUCAUUUUUGCAUUUACCUGACAAUUGAAUCGGGAACAUUUUGCACUUUACAUUUGUAUAUACUACUUUUAUUUUACAACACAUGCCUGAUGUUACGCAUAAGCCUCUUGCACGCAUUUUGUUCUGCAUGUUUACAAAUAUAUAGUUGAAUACUAUAACAAUUAUUGAAUUGUUUCAGAUGUUUGAUGCACUCCGACGUGUGUAUAGCAGAAUUUCUAGGAGAGUUCCACCAACGAGACGCACCUACUCCGGCACUUAUAUUCGCGGGAAAACUGUGCUCCCUUCGUACAUGCAUGGACACAUCUGAAGUUAAUGCUAAGAAAACUCUUCAAGAUGUUCUUGCCGGUCUACAGUAUCUUCAUUCCAAAGGUUUGGUUCAUAUGGAUCUGACCAAAGACACCGUUACUGUAUCGGAGAAAGGAGAAGUAAAGAUGACAGGGUGUUGUUUGCCAAGAAAACCAGUAUUGCCUAAGUCAGAGUUCGAAAGAGUUACUCCUGGAUGGGAAUAUCUUGCACCUGAAGUUCUAUGCGGUCAAAUGUAUGUUGCAUGUGCAGACAUGUACGCAUUUGCUCUACUUACCCUGGAAGUAGCGAAUAGUCGAUUUAAAGUAUUUUCCGAUGUACCAAGAGAUUCUAUCAAAAGCUUUUUGGAGUUAUCGCAAGAAAACAUCUGGAACCAAUCGUCCAAAAUUUAAAUUUGGCUCAGUUAGUGAUUGAGAAAAUAUUGCUAUGCCUUGAAAGAGAUAUGUCAAAAAGACCGGAUUCAUCGAAAAUGGCGGCGGAGUUCAAAGGAAAACCCAUACUGUCUAAAAAGAGUGUAGCCACACCAAAAUCAAUCUUUGCAAGACGUUAUUCAGGAGCGAAGAAAAAAUAAACUAGCUAUAAAUGGUGAACUUAUUAUGUAAAGAAGCAAUCAAUUACAUACUGUUUUUUUUUUUUUUUUUUUUUUUUUUUUUUUUUUUUUUUUUAAGAGAUUAAUUAGAUUCUUAUUUUAGUUUUCAUGCAGAAGAAAUUGUUAGAUACCCGAUACUUUUUUAUGUACAUAAUAAAUGAAGAAGUAAGUAAUAAGUUACAUAUGACUGAGUACUUAAUAAACGAAAAUGAAAUUAAUUAGAUACCAAUUAUGGUAUGUGAAACAAAUGCAUAAGACAUUAAUUAGAAAUUAUGGCGUACUCAAUGAGUGAAAAAGAUGUAAGAAGAAAUUUUAAUAAGAUACUUAUUUUGGUUUACAUAAUAAGUGAAGACAAUGUUUAAUUCAACCAGCAAAGACCAUAAUUUAUAUGGUUGUAUUAUAACGGUGUACAAUAUAAGUCCAGACUUGAUUGAAUUCCGUAAUGGCAUACAUAAUACACUAAAUAUGAUUUAUAUUUUCAUGGUAGUACUAUCACAGAUAUAUGAAAUAAUACCACAUAAUUAUAUGUAGUCCAUAUGAUUGAUAUUUUGAUAAAGUAGUAUAACAAAAGCUCCAAAUAAUUGAUAUUUUGAUUGAAUUAAAUAGUAAUAAAGGUACACAUAUAAAAUUCGUAUGUGUAUCUAAAAUUAAUAAAAUGAUAAGUUGUCAUUUGAAUUAUACUUAUAGUUUUAUUGAUAAAAGUUUAUGUAAAACACUCCAUAUUU